AUGGCCAUGCAGAGCGGCGACAUCCACCGCAUCCUCCUUGACUUGCAUAAUAAGUAUGGUCCGAUCGUACGCAUAGCACCCAACGAGCUCUCCUACAUCGAUCCGCGUGCCAUGAAGGACAUCUACCAGAACCCUCGCAUCCACCGUGCAGGCGUCUGGUUUCCGCGACGGCCAAACGAACCUACCACGAUCAUGGGCGCCGAUGAAGAGGCUCAUGCGAAGUACAAGAAGGCUUUCCUUGGUGGUUUCACCGAAAAGGCAGUCCGGGAGCAUACCAAUGUCCUGGAUAGGUAUGUCGGCCUCAUGAUCAGCAAGUUUAAGGAAUCAUGCUCGGCCAGCUCCAAGGGUGCAGUAGUCGACAUCAUUGAUUGGCUCAAUAUGGUGACCUUUGACGUUUCUGGCGAUUUGUCUUUUGGCUCGUCUUUUGGUUCGACACAACAAGGUAAAGCACAUCCAUGGGUCGACAUAUCCAACCAGUUCGGCAAAGGCAUCGCCCUCAUGGCAAGCCUCAACUUCUACCCAGGUGUCGUCAAGCUGUUGAAAGACCUCAUGCCGAAGAAAGCCAUGGAGAACUUGAAAUACCAUAAACAGCUGACCGUCGAGAAACUGGCAGAACGACUCGAGGCCACAGCUGAUUGCAAGGAUUUUGUCCAAAGCGUGCUCGAUUACAACGACACAGCACAGGACAAAGGCAAGCAACUCACUAGGACACAGAUAGAGGGCAAUACGCCAGUGAUACUGUUUGCAGGCAGUGAAACAACCAGCUCAGCUAUAGGCAGUGUGCUGUGGUAUCUUCUAAAAAGUGCGAAGUGGCUGAAGCAAGCCCAAGCGGAUGUGAGAGCUGCCUUCUCUACUGAAGCCGACAUUACAAUGGCCAGCCUGGCGAAGCGGGACAUCCUGACAGCAGUCAUCAGCGAAGGAUUGCGCCUGGGCUCAACCAUCGUUAUCGGUGUGCCUAGGAUCUCACGGGCAAAGGCGGCGAGAUGGUUUGCGGAAAGUUCGUGCCGGAAGACUAUGCUAGCAGUGAACCAAUAUCCAGCGUUCCAUUCGGCAGCAAACUUCACGAACCCAGAGACUUUCGAUCCUGCUCGGUUCGUUGGUCCUGCCAAGGAUGAAAUCAGUCCGGUAUUUCGACCUUGCCUCGUUGGCAGGCAUGUUUGUAUUGGCGAAAGAUUCGCUUGGGCGGAGAUGAGGUUGAUUAUCGCGAGCUUGCUGUUUAGCUUCGACAUCAGUCUUGAUGAACGGCAUUCGAACUUGAAGGAUUGGGCCGAGCAGAAGACUUUCAUCUUUUGGUGUGUAUCUUUGACCGCCAAUUGA